UAUAUUUAGCCAGUAAAGAUGAAAAUUUCAGACCAAGUCUUUUCACUCUUCAAAAACAGUUCAUCACUUAAAAAUCAAAUCUUUUAUCUUGUUUUUCUUCUUCUUCUUCUCUAAGAUGGGUAUUCAAUUAACUGGUCUAGCUCAAGCGAAACAGAAGUUGCAGCGAACGCUCUCAGGGCGAAUCGGGAAUGCAAUGACGACAUCGAAUGUUCCGAAAGGCCAUGUUGCAGUUUAUGUAGGGGAAGGCAAUAGGAAAAGAUUUGUGAUUCCUAUAUCUUACUUGAGCCACACAUUGUUUCAAGACCUUUUGAAUAGAGCCGAGGAGGAAUUUGGAUUUAACCAUCCAAUGGGGGGUCUUACAAUCCCAUGUAGUGAAGAGUACUUCAUCAGUUUAACAUCAUCAUUGAACUGUUCAUAGAAGCUUCCAGCACUAAAAAUGGCUGCAGAAACCAUAAAGUUGAUACAGUAAAAGCCAAGAAAAGAGCAGUUUUUUCAUUUUUUUAGUAGGUCUGGCUAAUCCAAUCCUAUGUAAACACUCUGUUUCGUAAAGGGCAAGAAUUGCUUGACGAUUGUUAUUGUUUGCUGACAACUAAACAUG